CUCUCACAGGCAAGCAGUUGUGCAGCUGCACCGUUUUCAUCUACAGCUGUGGGAGAAUCUGAUCCUUUUGUGUGUGUCUGUUUGCUCUUUCCUAACCUCAGUCUUUUCCCCUCUCCCUCUCCUUCCCCACCUCCUCUCUCUGUGCUCCCUGUGCCACUGUGUGAGUGUGUGCGUAAAACGUGGGGAUAACAGACGCUCAUGUGAGCAGCCUCAGUGGCUGGCUGGCUGAGAAAGAGGACAGGAGAGGACAGGGAUAACAGAAGCCACCACCAUCAUUCUGAUCGGAUUCACACCAGACAUGUGAGAAGAUGUCCGUGGGCGGCUGCGCGUGUCCCGGCUGUUCCUCCAAGUCAUUCAAGCUGUACUCCCCCAAGGAGCCCCCCAACGGUAGCACUUUCCCCCCUUUCCACCCCGGCACCAUGCUGGACAGAGACGUGGGUCCUACUCCAAUGUACCCGCCCUCAUACAUGGAGCCAGGAAUAGGGAGGCACACACCAUACGGAAACCAAACAGACUACAGAAUAUUUGAGCUCAACAAGCGGCUACAGAACUGGACAGAGGAGUGCGACAACCUGUGGUGGGAUGCUUUCACUACAGAAUUCUUUGAAGAUGAUGCCAUGUUGACCAUUACUUUCUGUCUGGAAGAUGGACCCAAACGCUACACCAUUGGCCGGACGUUAAUUCCUCGGUACUUCCGGAGUAUAUUUGAGGGCGGGGCCACAGAGCUCUACUAUGUGCUGAAACAUCCCAAGGAAUCCUUCCACAAUAACUUUGUUUCCCUCGACUGUGAUCAGUGCACUAUGGUCACUCAAAACGGAAAGCCCAUGUUCACACAGGUCUGCGUAGAGGGCCGCUUGUACCUGGAGUUCAUGUUUGAUGACAUGAUGCGGAUAAAAACGUGGCACUUCAGCAUCCGACAGCACCGUGAACUCAUCCCCCGCAGUAUACUGGCCAUGCAUGCCCAAGACCCACAGAUGCUUGACCAGCUUUCCAAAAACAUAACAAGAUGUGGCCUGUCAAACUCCACCCUCAACUACCUCCGGCUGUGUGUUAUUCUGGAGCCCAUGCAGGAGCUAAUGUCCAGACACAAGACAUACAGUCUCAGCCCCAGAGACUGCCUCAAGACCUGCCUCUUCCAGAAAUGGCAGAGGAUGGUGGCCCCACCUGCAGAGCCAUCGAGACAGCCCCCCAACAAGCGGCGGAAGAGGAAGAUGUCUGGCGGCAGCACCAUCAGCGGAGGAGGAGGUGCCAACAAUAACAACAACAACAAAAAGAAGAGCCCCGGUAGCGGCUUUUCUCUUACAAGCCAAGUACCGGACGUGAUGGUGGUGGGAGAGCCCACCCUGAUGGGCGGGGAGUUUGGGGACGAGGAUGAGCGUCUGAUCACUCGGCUGGAGAACACGCAGUUCGACGCAGCCAACGGCAUCGACGACGAGGACAGCUUCAACAACUCUCCAGCGCUGGGCUCCAACUCGCCCUGGAACAACAAGGCCCCCUCCAGCCAGGAGAGCAAGAGUGACAACCCCACCUCGCAGGCAUCCCAGUAGAGCCCGGGCCCCUAUAACCUCUAUACAGACCCCUCUGUCAGCCCCCACCCUACCUCUAUAGCCAUGACUGCAGCCAAAAUUGGGCCAUAGUCUGAUUUGCAAACCAAACACAGCUGUAGCACUCAGAUCCACCCGCAGGUAGCCUGAAGGAGCUCAGUCUGUCCUCUGACUGAGCCAGAGAAAUGUUCAGGCACUGUGUCCCAGCACUCUUUCUCUCCUCCUCCAACUUUUACACAAAACGUCCCAUCUGCUGUUGCUCAUUUUCAUUUUUUUGGAUGGAGAUUGGGUUGACAUGACUGAGAAGUAGCAGGAAUUUAUUCCACACAUGAAACUAAGUACACUAAUCUAUCUGAACCGAGCACUCACGCGGUGGGGUGGACGGGCCGGUGGCAGCGGGGCUUCACUGUGGUGGCGAGUCGCUUAGGGACUACUAGCCCACCCAUCAUCUAAACACAGCUCUGGAUUGUGGUCUGCUCUGCUGAUGCACAAGCCACUCUGUUUAACACUGUAUGUGUGAGCGAGCGAGCGAGUGUGUGUGUGAGAGAGAAAACCUGAAGUUUGUGGUUUAUUUGUGGCUUUGCUGAAGCAGACGGGUCAGAACUGAGCAUCAGUUUUUAAAACUAAUACACUAGAAUGAAGGCUGUUUGGAGGCACUCGGGCAAUAAAACAUGUAUAUUCACACCCAAUGCAUACACACAUAAUGAAGAUGAUGAUUGAAGGAUUUCCAGUGCCCCAGCCACCUCUGAUUAGACUACAGUGAUUGCAGUCUUUCAAAAGGAAAGCAUUUACAACACACACAUACAAACAGCUACAUCUUUUAAGAGUUUUUAUACAGUAUAUAUAUUUCCCUAGAAUGUUUUUUUUUUUUUUUUGUAUUAAACGCCUUCAUUUCAAUUACUUUUUUAUUUUCUACCAAUACUGAAAAGCUACAGACCAAGGAGCAACGCAGGACUUUUAUCCUCCCUUCCCCCACCCAUAAAUAUAUUGGUUUUUUAAAAUCUUUUAUGUUUAUAAAAGAGAAAUGAUUUAGUGUGGAUGUUUUUAUUUUCUUUUUUUGGGAAUUUUUUGUGUAUUUGUGCUUGUAUAUUUAAGGUAGUAGCAAAGUUCUGUCUGACUGUAAUAAAAUGUAUUCUUACUUAGAUUUACCUAAAGCCAUCCCGAUCUAAUGUAAAGAAACAAAAAAUAGGAAAAAGGAGAAAAAACACCCAUGACCCUGUUCCCUCCCCUCCCCCUCUGCUGUCUUUCCUCCUUCCUCUUUUUUUAAAUAAAACUUGUGUAAAUUAAAUGACAACCCCCUGGGGAUACAAUGGCACCAUGGAAAGAUGAUUUUAGCUUUUCUAUUUAUUUUUCAAAUUCACACUUGUAUUUUGAUUUGUCAUAGCAUCCAGGACAGUUUUCUGUAUCUCAUCUUGAUGUCUAAGUGAAUGUGCGCAAUUGCUUUUAGUUUCCCUGUUACCUUGUUUCAUCACUGGCUAAGACACAAUCUUUUUUUUUUUUUUUUUAAUUAUGAGUUUUAUUUUAAAAUUCUCUUUAUUUGUACAGCCUUGUUUAUAACCAUCAGUGUCGCUCAGCCUCUUAACAAUAAAUCCAGUCUGCGUAUUUUGGUAGCAGUGCUGAGUCUGUAAAGUCGAAUAGAGAACAGCUCUGUUAUUGGUUUGUACAUUUGUUUUUGUUGGAUUUGAAUCAAACUGCAUAAACUGAGUUUGAAUGGUGACUUGUACCUUCUCCAAAUCCUGUAGAGAAAUCUUGGUUUGAUAUAUAUAUAUUUUUUUUGAUUUUGUUAGUUUCUGCCCUUAAUAAUUAAUGUAUGGUACCAAUAAAAAGAUACAUUUUCACUUUAA